UUCAACAGAAGAGCAGUUUCAUUGGCAGACACAAGAUGGCCAGAAGGACAUAGAAGAUGAACUCACCACUGGUUUGGAGCUGGUGGACUCCUGUAUUAGAUCACUGCAGGAGUCAGGGAUACUUGAUCCCCAGGACUAUUCUGCCAGUGAAAGGCCCAGCCUCCUCUCCCAGAGCGCUCUUCAGCUCAACUCCAAACCCGAAGGCUCUUUCCAGUACCCGGCCAGCUACCACAGCAACCAGACCCUUGCCCUGGGCGACUCGGCGGCGGCGCUCCCGGCGCGCAGCGCUCAAGGCAGAGCGGCCAUCCAGAGCUACAGCCAGGUAACCCCUCCUCUUCCAGAGGUUAAAGGACUUCGGGCUCCUUGUUUUACCCCGCGUUUUGGUAGCGGGUGUGUGUCCAUGCCGAAGGCUCUCCCUACCCCGAGGGAGGCCGGGAGGCUGGCGCAGGGAAAUGGGCAUUCCCGCUUUCCCGCGGGGCUCCGCUUCCUCGGACGAGUUUGGGGCCGCGCGGCACGAGCUGGCGGCGCCGCCGAGCUGCAGGUGGCGGCUGGGUCUCGAGCAUCUUACAGCAGCCAGCACAGCCACCUCGGCUCCGAGUUAAGGGCCCUGCAAUCUCCAGAGCACCACAUAGAUCCUAUUUACGAAGACAGAGUUUAUCAGAAGCCCCCUAUGAGGAGUCUCAGCCAGAGCCAGGGGGACCCUCUGCAACCAGCACACACAGGCACAUACCGCACUAGUACAGCCCCAUCUUCCCCUGGUGUCGACUCCGUACCCUUACAGCGCACAGGCAGUCAACACGGCACGCAGAACGCGACCGCGACCUUCCAGAGGGCCAGCUAUGCGGCAGGCCCGGCCUCCAAUUACGCAGACCCCUACCGACAGCUGCAGUAUUGUCCUUCCGUUGAGUCUCCGUACAGCAAAUCGGGGCCAGCCAUCCCGCCGGAAGGGACCUUGGCUAGGUCACCUUCCAUUGAUAGCAUUCAGAAAGAUCCCAGAGAGUUUGGAUGGCGAGAUCCAGAGCUUCCUGAAGUUAUACAGAUGUUGCAGCAUCAGUUCCCUUCAGUGCAGUCCAAUGCCGCAGCUUACUUGCAACACCUCUGUUUUGGAGACAAUAAAAUAAAAGCAGAGAUAAGGCGACAAGGUGGAAUACAAUUAUUGGUGGACCUAUUGGACCAUCGAAUGACAGAAGUCCACCGUAGUGCCUGUGGAGCUUUGAGAAAUUUGGUGUAUGGGAAGGCAAACGAUGACAACAAAAUUGCCCUGAAAAACUGUGGUGGCAUCCCAGCAUUAGUACGGUUACUCCGCAAGACUACAGAUUUGGAAAUCAGAGAACUGGUCACAGGAGUUCUCUGGAAUCUAUCUUCCUGUGAUGCACUGAAAAUGCCAAUCAUCCAGGAUGCCCUUGCAGUGUUGACCAAUGCAGUGAUCAUCCCUCACUCUGGGUGGGAAAACUCUCCUCUCCAGGAUGAUCACAAAAUCCAGCUCCAUUCCUCACAGGUGCUGCGCAAUGCCACUGGGUGCCUACGGUGAAUGUCAGCUCUGCUGCAG